AGUGACAAUAAAAGAAGUUUUCAACUUCAUCUAUGGCCUCUUUUCAAAGCUCCCUGGUUAUCUCAACUAUAUGUUGACAUCUUCUACCACCAAAGGAGGAGACUGGAAUUGUUGUGGGCGGAGUUUUCUAGUUUACUCAGAAGAUCUUGCUGGCUCUGGUAAUAAAAGGCAGACAAGAGCUGGAUCUCCAACCAGUGUUUCCUUGGAUGGACUCUACCACCCCUUUCCUGGAGCUCUACCAACAUCAGCUGGAAACACUUGGUCAAAUCCUGAUUCAAUCAGCAAGAAAAUGUUGCUGCUAAUAUUGAUAAGCCUGACCACCUGCUUCCCAGCUCUUCUGGGGAACUCAGGCCGACCUGUGGCAGUCACGAAGUAUGGUAUCCUCCAGGGAAAGCAGAGCCACGUGGGAAAAACGAUCAUCAAUGUUUACCUGGGGGUUCCUUUUGCCAAACCCCCUUUGGGAAAACUGAGAUUUGCUCCCCCAGAGCCUCCUGAAUCUUGGGAUGACUUAAGAUAUGCAACCAGCUUCCCUCCUGCGUGCCUCCAACCGUCCUGGGGCCAAAUCACAAACCUGUACUUUUCAAACCAAAAACCCCAUGUCCUCCUGAGAUUCCAGGAAGAUUGCCUGUAUCUGAACAUAUACACACCAGCCAAUGCCCAGAAGGAAAAACUUCGGUUACCGGUGAUGGUUUGGUUUCCUGGUGGUGCCUUCGUGGUGGGAUCAGCUUCCACCUAUGAUGGCUCUGUGCUAUCUGCCCUUGAAGACGUGGUGGUGGUUUCCAUCCAGCAUCGACUUGGCAUACUGGGCUUCCUCAGCACAGGGGAUACCCAUGCCCGAGGGAACUGGGGACUACUGGACCAGUUAGCAGCUCUACGUUGGGUGCAAGAGAAUAUCGCAGUUUUUGGCGGGGACCCCAGCUCUGUGACCCUGUUUGGCCAGUCCUCAGGAGCCAUAUCUAUUUCAGGGCUGAUUCUGUCUCCUUUGUCCAAGGGCCUCUUCCACCGGGCCAUCUCUCAGAGUGGAACAGCCCUCAUAAAGAUCUUCAUCUCUUAUGAACCCCUGAAGAUUGCCAAGAAAAUUGCUAAAGUGGCCAAAUGUGAAACCAACAGUACCCAGGCCCUGGUUCAGUGCCUCAGGUCAAAGCCAGAGAGAGAGAUCCUGAGAGUGUCUAAUGAAAUGAAGUUCUUCGAACUGCACCACAGCACUAACUCUCUGGAGACCAUCUGGUUUGUACCCGCCGUGGUGGAUAAUGUCGUUUUCACCGACAGCCCUGAAGUGCUUCUGGCUCAAGGGAAUUUCCAACAGGUCCCCUACCUCCUGGGUGUGAACAGGCUCGAGUUCAACUGGCUUCUCCCUUAUAUCAUGAAGGUUUCACUCAACCCUCUGACAAUGACUAGAUCCAAAGUCAUCAGACUGCUGUCGGAUUUCUGCUUGAUCCUGAACAUCACCAAGAACCAAAUUCCUCAGUUGAUGAAUAAGUAUGUGGGAGAUUUUAAGGAGUACCAAGGAAACUUUGAACGAAAAAUUAUUACUCGAAACGAUGUCCUGAACAUAGCUGGAGAUGCAACUUUUGUAACAGCAGCUAUUCAGACAGCACGUCAUCACAGAGAUGCUGGUCUUCCUGUCUACUUUUAUGAGUUCCCACAUCAUAUCAACUCUAGACUCCUUGUCAAACCCCGAAGUGAUGUGGCUGACCAUGGUGAUGAGAUUGGAUUCAUUCUUGGGACUCAUCUCUCCAAAGUAUAUGCUACAGAAAUAGAGAAGCAACUCAGCAGAGAUAUGAUGAAAUACUGGACCAAUUUUGCUCGCACAGGGGACCCCAACAGCUAUGACCUGAUGGAGUGGCCACUCUAUGGGAAGGAAGAGAUGUACCUGGUACUGGACACAGAACGGAGGGUAGGAAUAAAACUGAAGGAGAAAGAAGUGGCUUUUUGGACCAGGAUCCAAAACCAGAACCAAGUUCAAUAUCAGCAUGGAGAGAAGGAUUGAAUCUGGUGGAGCUACUGACUUUGGCUCAAGCCUAAACUAGCCAAAGAGUCAAAAGAACUCCUUGAGGUCUAGUCCCUAAGGCUUAGAAUGAGGUAAUCCAAGUAGACUCUGAAGAGGAGAAGAAUUAUCAACAGAAACAUUUGGAGAAACUAAGAACCGGGGGUUCUUGAGGAUAGAUAUGACUGGUUUCUGACCUCACUUGCUAUCUCAAUUUCUUCCUCUAUAAAAUGAAAGAAGGGACUAGUUCAUUUCUAUAGUUCCCUUAGGCAGAGGGUAUCUCCCAAAUGCUGUGUCAUCACACCACCACCCCCCCCAGAGCAGCAACUGCUCCUGACUAAACUUAACUUCCUGCCCCCUUUCCUAUAACCUGGGUUCUCUAUAGCUUAUUCUUAGGAGACGAACAGCUCUCCCUCUCUAGUACCCUCACUACAUUUCCACAAAUUUUGAGAUGCCCAGGAAACCUCAAACCCACACACACUGUGACUUAGUGGGGUACAUACCCCCCAGGCACUAUCUACAGAGGGGGUGUUACAGCAUCCAUACCUCCAGGUCUCCCAAAGAACCACAUAUAAAUAUGGAAAGUGUCUUAUAUACCUUGGGAGGCAGUGUCAUAUAUGGGAAAGAACACUGGAUUUGAAGGAAGAAGAGCUGAGUUCUGCCACUGGCUACCUGUGAGAGGGAAACUCAUUUAACAUCUCUUGGCCUCAGUUUCCUUAUCUGAAAAAUGAUAACAUCUGAAGUCCCUUCCAGCUCUAAAUCCACGAUGAACUAUGAACCUACAAAUCAAACAGCAUUUGGAUUUGACAUCAGAAGACCUGGGCUCUAAUCCCAACCUUGACACUCACCAGCUGAGCAACCUUGAGUUAAAUCACUUCAUAUUGUUGAGCCUCAGUUUCCUCUUUUGUAAGAUGAGGAAGUUGAACUACAUGAUCUCUAGUGUUCCUUCCAGAUCUGAUGGUCUAUAAUUAAUUUAUGUUCCUUUCUUCAUUUAGAAAUUUCAACGACCUCCCAUAUCUGUAACGUCAAAUCUUAACUCUGGAAUGUAGUAGUAGUAGGGAUUUUCUUUAAACCAACUUUACCAGUAGUCAACAUUAAAAAUGCAUCUAUUGAGUGCCUAUUAUGUGCCAGGCAUUGUGUGAAGAGCUGAGGACCCAAAGAAAGUAUGUUUUCAAAGAGUUCACAGUCUAACAGGGAGACAACAAGCAAAUUCUAUAUAAACAAUCUUCUGUAUGAAAUAAAUUAGUGAUAAUCAGCAGAGGAAAGGCACUACUAGCACUCUAGGGUGUUGGUAAAGACUUUUUAUAGAAGGUGAGAUUUUAUUCCUUAUCUAUACAACCUUACCUUUCCUUCCCACUCAACAUCAACUUCUCAUGCCUUUGGGUUGACCCUCCAUGCCUUCUGCCUUUCCAAUCUUACCCAUAUCUCAAGUCCUACUUCAUUUGUUGUCUCCUCUAUAAAGUCUUCUCGAAACAUCCCAACCCCAGUGAUCCCUUCCCUCCAUUGUACCUACUACUUGUCCAUAUAAGUCCCUGGAUGAUAGAGAGAUGUUGUUGAGUGAACACAAAACUUAGAAGAUCCGAACAAAACCUUGUUUUUUAACAGACCUGUAUAUAAAUGAACAAAUGUACCUUGUGUCCUAUAUAGGGUGUCCUAAAAGUUUUAGUGCCACUUCAAGCUGCCUUAACAUACAAAUUUAAAAUGGCACUAAGACUUUUGGAACUCCUCAUAUUCUAUUCUACAAGAAAGCAAUAUUAACUCAUUUUACAAUAUUUUUCAAUAAACCAAAACCAACAAGCA